CUAAGUCUCCAAAUAAAACAAACAAAACACAAUACAUCAUAAAACCCCUUCCACUUCGUUAGUUAAUCACCAUCCAAAAACCAAAGCUCUCCUUCUUUUCAAAAUGUCACAACGAGUAAAAGUUUUCACUUCUACUUCAUUAAUGUUGGCAGUACUGCUAGUUCCAUCUUACAGUUUCGUUCUUUUUGCUUAUUCUUCCUUUUCUUCAACUCACAGAAAACAACAUUUACAAGUAGUGGAACAAGAAGUAGAUUCUCUUCUGAAAUGGAAAUCUACCCUGGUUAACGAAAAUCAUUCUCUGCUCUCUUCUUGGAAAAUGAAUUCUAGUGCGGGUACAAAGAGUCCGUGCAAGUGGUAUGGAAUACAUUGUAGCAAUGAAGGAAGCGUCGAUGAAGUGAAUAUCCCAGGUUUAGGUCUAGAAGGUACGCUCCAUAAUUUCAACUUCUCAUCUUUCUCCAACUUUGUUAGUCUUAACUUGAGUGGUAACAAACUCUUCGGAACCAUUCCAUCCCAAAUUGGUAAUCUUACUAAACUUAUCCAUCUUGAUCUUUCUAUAAAUAAACUUUCUGGACAACUUCCACCAAAAAUAGCCUCUCUUACGAAUCUGUUAUAUUUAGGCCUCUCUGAAAAUCAUAUCAUUGGAUCCAUUCCUCAAGAAAUUGGGAAUUUUUAUUCUCUCACUCAUCUAGAUCUGUCCAGAAACAAUUUCAAAGGUUCGAUUCCCAUCUCAAUAUGCAAUUUGACCAAGUUGAGCUUUUUAUCAAUCUCUGAGAAUAAAGUUUCUGGCCCCAUACCACGAGAAAUUGGUAGGUUAAGUUCGCUCACCCUCUUAGCUUUGUACAGAAACGAUAUCAAUGGUUCAAUUCCUUCUUCUUUGACCAGCUUGACUAGCCUCAGCAAACUUUCCUUAUAUGAUAACCUACUUUCUAGCACCAUCCCUCAAGAUAUAGGAAGGCUAAGCUCUCUUACCCUCUUAGAUUUGUCCAAAAACAAUUUCAAAGGUUCAAUCCCUACUUCUAUAUGCCACUUGGCUAACCUUACCUAUUUAUCAAUAUCAAGAAAUCAACUUACUGGUGUCAUCCCUCAAGAUAUUGGAGAACUAAGGUCUUUGGAUAACCUACUUUUGGACCAGAACAUACUCACUGGCUCAGUCCCUGCUUCCGUUGGUAACUUGAAGAAUUUGAAUGUUCUAAAUCUUUUUCAAAAUGAAUUAACUGGUUUAUUACCAAUGGGAAUGAACAAUCUGACCCAACUGAAAGUACUGUACUUAAAUGACAACGAGUUUUCUGGUUAUCUACCUCAAGGCGUCUGUCAAAGCGGAAGACUUGAAGAAUUUGUCGCCUUCACUAACUAUUUCACGGGUCCUAUACCAAGAAGCCUUAGAAAUUGCACCAGCCUUAAACUUCUUGGGCUUCAACAGAAUGAACUGGUUGAUAAUAUAACAGAGGCAUUUCAUGUGUAUCCACAUCUUGAAAAGAUUGGUUUGGAUUUCAAUAUGUUUUAUGGUGAACUCUCCAAAGACUGGGGGAGUUGUCAAAAUUUGACACUUUUAUCCCUCUCAGGUAACAAUAUCACUGGUAGAAUACCAUCAGAACUCGGAAAGUUGAAAAUUUUAAGUAUACUUUAUCUUGAUUCGAAUAACUUGGUAGGAAAAAUUCCUAAGGAGUUGUUGGAUCUGUCUUCAUUGAUCCUAUUAGAUUUGAGUAAUAACCAUCUUUCUGGUGUGUUGUCUUCUGCAAUUGGAAUGCUAUCCAACUUGCAACAUCUCGAUCUAUCAACAAAUAAACUCAAAGGUUCAAUCCCCGAACAACUAGGGGAGUGUCGAAAGUUAUUAUCUUUAAAUUUGAGCACAAACAAUUUUAAUGAUAGCAUCCCACUCCAGAUCGGAAACUUGGAUUCGUUACAAAUUUCGUUAGAUCUUAGUUACAAUGAGUUAAGUGGAGAGAUACCGUCAGCUCUAGGGAAAUUAAGCAAACUGGAAACACUAAAUUUGUCCCACAACAAGCUUUUCGGCUCAAUUCCAUCUUCAUUUGGUCAAUUGCAAAGCCUGACCACGGUCAAUAUUUCUUACAAUGAAUUGAGUGGUCCUCUUCCAAACACGAAGGCCUUUGAGGAUGCUCCAAUCGAAGCUUUGAAGAGCAACAAAGGGUUGUGUGGUAAUAACUCUAGAGGCUUAAAACCUUGUAAUUCUUUAGUUGUGAUUGGAAGAAAAGAAGACAAGCAUAAGCUUUUGCUUGUAAUCCUACUUCCUUUAAUUGGUUCGUUGUUUCUUUUAUCCAUACUUAUCGCCAUUUGGUUUCGCCUUCGUAAAAGAUCGGUAGGAAAUAUUGCACUUACAGAUCAAGCAACAUCUACCAAUGCUGAAAGAAAUUUAUUUUCAAUUUGGAAUUACGACGGAAAAAUAGUUUUUGAAGACGUAAUCGAAGCGACCGAGGAUUUUGAUACCAAAUAUUGUAUUGGAACUGGAGGGUAUGGGAGCGUUUACAAAGCAGAAUUGUCAACAGGUCAGGUUGUUGCUGUCAAGAAACUGCACUCCUCGGAUGAAGAUUCUGAGAAAUCUGAUCUUAAGUCAUUCGAAAGUGAAGUUCAUGCAUUGACAGAAAUCCGACAUAGAAAUAUUGUGAAACUUUUCGGUUUUUGUUCUAAUCUUGAAAGACGGAUCUCAUAUUUGGUUUAUGAGUUCGUUGAAAGGGGAAGCUUAAAAAACGUUUUAUCCGAUGAAGUACAGGCGAUGGAGUUCGAUUGGAUAAAGAGGUUAAGAUUCAUCAAGGGAACAUCUGAUGCACUUGCUUACAUGCACCACGACUGCAUUCCAGCAAUAGUUCACAGAGACAUAUCUAGCAACAACAUUUUGCUGGACUCUGAAUACGAUGCCCGAGUUUCUGAUUUUGGUACAGCGAGGAUUUUAAAGCCAGAUUCAUCCAAUUGGACUUCACUUGCAGGAACCUAUGGAUAUGUUGCUCCAGAGCUUGCAUAUACAAUGAAGGUGACCGAGAAGUGUGAUGUUUAUAGCUUUGGGGUGAUCAUAUUAGAAGUGCUAACGGGAAUACAUCCGUCUGAAAUCAUCACAAUACUCUCCCAAAUUCUUCAUUCAUCUUUGUCGUCGAGUAAUGUGGGGCACACCAUAAAGCUGAGAGACAUCUUGGACCAGUGCAUUGGAGCACCACCGGAUGUUAUUCAAAAGAAAAUAAUAUGUGUUGUGAAAGUUGGGUUUACAUGUUUACGUGGAGAUCCACUUACUCGUCCAACCAUGGAAGAAGUAUCAGCAGAGCUAUCAUCAUCAUCUCAGACCAACACCUCUUUUCCAAAGUCAUUUGAAACUAUUACUUUAGCCGACCUACUCAUGUCAUCAUGAGAAUUCGUUUGCAUUACGUCAGUAUUAAGAAAUUUCUACAAAUUUAAAAUAAUUAUUUUA